AGCUGACGUCAGCGGAACGCCCUCUCCGCUGUUUGUGUCCAGACAUCAUCGCCGCUCACAGCUGGCCAACAGAGUCUCUUCUCGACCUUUUUCUUCAUCCAGACUCCGCCGAAAAAAGGUUUUUCGAAUAUGGUCUGUGGCGGCUUCACCUGCUCCAAAAAUGCGCUUUGUUCCCUGAACGUGGUUUACAUGCUGGUCGGGCUGCUGCUGAUUGGAGUGGCAGCAUGGGGGAAGGGCUUCGGCCUGGUGUCGAGCAUCCACAUCAUCGGAGGGGUGAUCGCGGUGGGCGUCUUCCUGCUGCUCAUCGCCAUCGUGGGACUCAUCGGAGCGAUACACCACCACCAAGUCAUGCUCUUCUUCUACAUGGUGAUUCUGUUCAUUGUGUUCCUGUUCCAGUUUGGCAUUUCUUGUUCCUGCUUGGCGAUGAACCGCGGGCAGCAGGAGGUGCUGCUGAAAUCUGCCUGGGGGAUGCUGGACGACAAGACCAAGACAGACCUGGAGAGUCAGCUGAACUGCUGUGGGCUGCACAACGUCACCAACAGCACAGCCACUGAUGUUCCCAAGUUGGAUAAGAAUCAGCAAAGCUGUUCUGCUCCGUGCGCAAAGCAAAAGCCGUAUGAUUGUGUGACCUGCGUCGAAAGGAUGUUGAAUCAUGCGACAGAAGCUCUGAAGAUCCUUGGGGGCGUCGGACUCUUCUUCAGCUUCACAGAGAUACUGGGCGUCUGGCUCGCCGUGCGCUACAGAAACCAGAAGGAUCCUCGAGCGAACCCGAGUGCUUUCCUAUAGUUGGGUCCCACGCCGUCGGUGCACUGGAAGCAGUUUCAACACACUGGUACACACAGAAUCCUGUAUAGAGGCCGAUUAAUACAACAGACCACCACAACAACAACACCGGAUGGGCGAGCGCACAAAGCACCUGACAAACACUGAGAAAACGAAACGCACACCUUCACCUUCCGAAACACAACCUGUCCAGACGGCUCAACCCGGAACGCCCGGACACUCGUGCAUGAAAGGACGACUCGCUGAAAGCCUCGAUUCGAGUUCCGGGCUCUUCCCGGUUGCGGCCCCCGCUAUCUCUGCAUGACGCCUGCAAAACAGACCGACUCGUUGAUCUCAUUCCACACCAACCAAAUGACUGUGCGGCAAAAAGUAAAACUCGUAUGCACCUUGACAUGUUUCCUCUUUAAUGUAGUGCCACCGCGAAUAUACUCCUCCGGUCAGCGUGUCAGUGAUGUAACUCGAUCAUGUCCAGCGAGGAACACACAAACUGGGCAUGUGGUGUAAAAGUAGAUUUCCAAUUGUAUGUGUGUUGUGUUUUGUUUUUUUCCUUUCUAGAUGCCACAAAUGCCAGGAUUUAGGGUUUAGGAUGUAGAUUUUUAGCUAGUCGCUAGUCAUCCGGGUUCAAAUAUUUAUGAACUGUAACUGAGCCAGCUAACUUUUAACCGCCAACGGACUGCAGCCUCGAUGUUGUACAUAAUCUUUAAACGCUGUAGUUUCACCUCUAGCUUGCAGACUCGCCGGCCUCCAACCUUCCCAUAUUUAGUAUCAUUCUGUGACGUCGCUUAGUUUAGACUUCAGGUCCGUUUCGUUACCUCUGAUGUAACUGGAAGAUAUCACAAAACGUUAGUAAAAGUGCUGUUAGGGUUGAAAUAAUCGAGUGAAUUCGGCCAGAACUGCUUCUCGUAAAGUUUGUUUUUAUAGUGUUAAUUGUGAGAAUGAAUUUCUUUUUCCUUUUUUUUUUUUUUUUUUGAAAAAAAUUGUGAUUCCUUUGUGGAGGUAUUUCGCCUUUUUUUUCUUUUCUUGGUCAUCAGUGUUAAUAGCUUUGUAAAAAGAAAAAACACGUGUUAAAUAUUUUCGGGAUUAUUUAAGUUCUCUGAUGCACAUUUAGCAGAUGUUAUGUUGUAGUUUUAAGGACUUUUGCUUGAUAUUUGAAGUUGGUAAAUAAUUGCUCAUUAAUUGUCUUUUAAGAUGUUUUUUCCUCUUUUGAACUGCUUUUAACUUAAAGGACUAACAAACUGUAAUUGUCUUACUUGAACUCGUCACCUUUGCUGAUAUGGAUUUUCCUGCUGCUGGUUCUCGUUGGUUUAAACUAAGCAGAUCUUAAGCAUCAUUAUGCCAUAAUAUUACACCUCACUUUGAAUUUGUGUGCACUUGUUAUUCAAAUGUACCUUGAAUUUUUGAGACUUAAUUUUCCAAAUAAAAAAACCUCAAACUAGAAA